AUGUCAACCCAAGUUCAAGCGUUGUACGACUUCACGGGUGAGCCUGGUACUACAGAAAUGUCAAUAACUUGUGGUGAACUAUUGACACUUAUAAAUACAGAAAUUGGCGAAGGCUGGUGGGAAGGAAGAAAUUCGAAAGGUGAAACAGGUCUCUUUCCGGCUGCAUAUGUGAGAAAAUUGGCUGCAGAGGAUUCUGAACAUACUAAGGCAGCUCCGGCGGCCCCUCGAUAUGAUCAAGCAGCCGAUGAUUGGGGUGACCAACAGUAUAGUGCUGGUGAUAAUAAUUAUCAACGAGGAACGUCCCAAGAUGAUGGCUGGGAUGAUGAUUGGGAUGAUGACACCUAUUCCGAAAUAGGUCCGGCACAUCAAAACAAAGCUCAUCACAAUCAACAAGCACCAUUGGCCCCUCUUCCUGGUAUGCCAAUCAAUGAUUACAAUCAUCAGAUUGAUGAAACAGCUUCUAACUUUGGAUCAACAGUGGGAACAGUUAGAAAAAGCAAAUUUGCUCCUUCAUCAAAAGUCAGUGGAGAAAGUUAUCUUCUGGGUACUUUAAAUGUUGAUGUGCCUGACUCUGACAAGGUUUACAUAGUACAAGAUGAAGAAGGAUAUGUUUGGUCACCUCUUUCGCACCCUUACUCAGUAACUGUUGCCUCUCCUAAAAAAGAAUCUAAAUUCAAAGGAAUUAAGAGCUUUAUAGCAUAUCAGUUAACACCAUCAUUUAAUAAUAUACAAGUAUCAAGAAGAUAUAAGCACUUUGACUGGUUACAUGAGAGAUUACAGGAAAAAUUUACACUCAUACCCAUACCACCAUUGCCAGACAAACAAAUAUCAGGUCGAUAUGAUGAACAACUCAUUGAAAGGCGAAGAGUGCAACUUCAGGAAUUUGUAGAUUGGAUGUGUAGACAUCCAGUUUUGUCCAAAAGUGAAGUAUGGCAGCACUUCUUGACAUGCACAGAUGAAAAAAGAUGGAAAGCUGGCAAGAGACAAGCUGAAAGAGACAACUUAUUAGGUUUAAAUUAUUGUAUUUCACUAGUUGUACCUGAAAAAGCUUUAUUGCAAUCACAAGUAGAUCACAUCACUGAACAGUGCCACACUUUUGUUGCUAGUAUGGAUACAUCGGUAAAAGCUGUAGGCAACAUGUGUAUAGCACAAACAAAGAAAUUCCAAGGUCCAUAUAAAACUGACUGUCAGAAAGUUGGUGAAGCAUUCUAUAACUUAGGUAAUGCCCUCAGUUUAGAUGAAGGCACUAUAGUUUCUACCUCUAAACUAACAUCAGCCAUUAAACUAACUGGUGGAGCUUACAUAGAAAUUGGCCGCAUGUAUGAUGAGCAACCUAAAUAUGACUGGGAACCAUUGGGUGAUAAAUUUCAUUUAUACAAAGGAAUUGUAGGUAGCCUCCCAGAUGCUCUUGGAAAUCACAAAGCAGCUGUUCAGAAAAAGCGAGAAUGCGAAAGAUUAACAGCUGAAAACAAAAUGGAAGUGGCACAAUUAAAUGAAGUAUUGAGAAGAACCGAUGUCAUAUCUUAUGCACUUCUUGCCGAAAUCAACCAUUUCAAGGCUGAACGAACGACUGACAUCAAAGCAACAAUGCAGAAAUUCCUCAGACAACAGAUAACAUUUUACAAAAAGGUUGUGGAUAAGUUGGAGGCAACUCUUCGACAGUAUGAUGAGUAA